ACAUCUUUUGCCAUCGAUUCGUAACCUACGUCGAAGUUAAGAGUAAAUGAAUUUCUUCGUCUUGGUUACGAGUGUUCAAGCAAUUUAUGUAUUCAAAAAUCUCAAGUUUUUUUAUGUAAGAAUCUAACAUGGCGAUCCAAUGGCCUGGUUUCGAAUCUUUGUCUUCCGUUCACGUCUUUCCCUCGGAUUUCAAUGCGAGCCAUGCUUGGGCGUGCGUCGCGCUGCUGGCAGUCCUCUACGCCUUUCGUGCAUUCUGGAAUUACUUCAGGACCGUUAAAUUCAUCCUGACCAAUUUAAACGGCCCCCCGGCAUUGCCUUUGGUAGGGAACUGCCGUCUUGUCACAGAUAAAGAUCUUUUGCAGCGUAUGUCUCAUACGAGGUACGACAUGUACGGUACCAUCUUCAGGAUAUGGCUGACGGUGUUACCGGUGGUGAUCCUCCUCGAGCCGGCCGACAUUCAGGUGGUUCUUGGCAGCACCAAGCACUUGGAGAAGAACGUCUUCUACAGUUUUUUACACAAUCUGGUCGGCGAUGGAUUGGUACUGAGUGAUGUUGACCGUUGGAAAAUUCAUCGGAAAAUCCUUCAACCAGCUUUCAAUAUGAAUAUUCUUAAUCGGUUUACCGACACUUUUAUCGAUGGUGCCAAUCGCCUAAUCCGGAAGCUCAUGAAUUCUGCCGAGAAGAAUAUCGAUCUGACCAAGUUCGUGAACGACUCGGUCGUCAACAUUCUGAACGAGAUCGUUUUUGGAGUGACUGUAGCUUCCAAAGAGCAGAGGCAGACGGAAGACGAAGAAUCACCCUUCAGAAAGGGUCAAUUAACGGCUCUGUAUCGUCUGAUGCGUCCGUGGCUCUGGGUGAACCGGAUCUACGAGAUGACAGCCGCCGCAAAACGUGAAGAGGCCUUUCACGCAGAGCUCCUUACGAUCUGCAAGAAGAUGAUGGACGAGAGGCGAGAAGUUAUUGGGAAGAGGAAGCCGGAUGUGAAACACGAGGUUGACGAUUCCCAGCGGAGGACGUCCAUCUUGGAAUUCAUGAUCGAAGCAAGUAAGAAAAAUCCGAGCAUUACGGAGAACGACAUCCUCAACGAGUGCUGCGCGUUCAUGCUCGUCGGCCAGGAUGCCGUCGCCUUUGCAAUUACCAUCACGAUGUUUCUUCUUGCGGCGCACCCCGAGUGGCAGCAGAGGUGCGUUCGAGAGCUGGAGGAUAUCUUCGAGGGUGACUCAAGAUCACCGACGACGGAUGAUCUUAGGAAGAUGCGCUGCCUCGAGAUGUGCAUAAAAGAGUCGCUGAGACUCUAUCCGAGCGUUCCGGUCUUCGGUAGAAAGUUGAGAGAGGACACCAAAGUUGGAAAAUACGUGAUCCCUGCAGGAUGCGAAGUUAUGUUUCUCCCCUACGUCACCCACCGACUACCACAUUUCUAUCCAGAUCCCCACACCUUCGAUCCGACGAGAUUCGACCCUGACAGCAAUGAAAAUAGACACCGCUAUGCCUAUUUCCCUUUCAGCGCGGGGCCGAGGAACUGUAUCGGGUAUAAGUUUGCGAUGUUGGAAAUGAAGGCGUUGAUCAGCGUAGUCCUUCGGAACUUUCAUCUUAGUACGGUACCAGGGAAGGACGAGUUACGGCUGAAGUACAGGAUUACUUUGAGGGCUCAAGGCGGUGUCUGGGUUAAUUUAAGACGGAGAUAUUGAAAUUCGUGUGAAUUGGACGAGGUGUUGGGUUAUGGCAAGGUGCCGAGGGUUUCGGAGACUCGGGGGAUGAAACGAGGGCGUGGAGUUGAGGGAGCAGAGAGAGGGGCUGCACUUCUUACUCGCGAAAUGAGCACCCGAGGGACGAAGAAGAAGAAGACGAAGAAGAAGAAGACGGACGGGACGGCGUCUUUUCCUUGGAGCGUACUGGAGGGAAGACUUGUGUAGGAACGGUAGGACCCAAGCAUUCGGAAAAAGAUAAAAACCGAGGUCGGAUUCUUGUUUGCUACUCUCGGUGGUGUCUCACUUGGGGUAGGGUGAGGAGAUAUGACGUCACUUUAUUCCGACCAAUCCCAACUCGAGGAUGUAGUUCCGAGCCACAGACUAUCGGCGCCACUCCCGGGACACGGGGGAAUCUAUUUAUACAUUUAACUCUCGCUUCGCUAUGCGUGUGUCCAUAUGAUAUAUAUAUAUACACAGUGCAUUCAUAUCUCUCUCUCUCUCUCUCUCUCUCUCUCUCUCUCUCUCUGUAUGGGUAACGUACACCUAUACGUGGAUGAUCUCGUGUAUCUUCGUAAUGACGUCGUAAAUUUAUGAAACCAAGCCAAACCGCAAAGGAGGUGGAAAUAAACAUUCCUGCGUCUAACAACGUUCUUCGUCUUUCAUCCCCUGAAUAUUGUUUUGUUUUUUUUAUCACUAUUGAUCACGAUGCAAGGAAACAAGGUGAAACGAUCGGAACAGAUAUCCAAGGUGACGUCGUGUAGGAUUGAUACUUUGUCCUGGUAGUGUUUGGAUUACUAUUUACGCAACGUUUUAUCCCACAAAAAAAUUUGCAAUUUUCAGCAAACAGAAUACACCGAAAUGAAUGUAGUAACCUCAAGUAAACUAUUUGCGUGAUUUCUGUGACGUCGUCAUGUUGGAUAUGCGCAGACUGAUGAAAAAUUGGAAGUGUUUCAUCGGUCGAAUGUGAUGCACCUCUACUUCGAUUUGCUUAUCAUUUGUUCUUACGAUUAUUAAUGUUCGGACUACGGUACCUAC